AUGUCAUAUUAAAAAGCAUAAAAUACUUGUAGAAAAUGUCUUACGAAUGCAUUUUUAUUCUAUGGAAUAAUAUAGAAUCCGAUAGGUUAUAACCUAACAAUAGCUAGUCAUUUGAGGACUAUUAAACAAUGCCAAUUAAAAUAAUAAUUAGCAGUUUAUUCGACGUUGAAAAUAACAAUUCCAAGUGUUAUAUUUAGUCUGUCAGAACAACUCGAGGCGAUGGAAGUUUAUAUAAUUGUUAUAGCGUUUUUCGUAGGAAUUACGGGAGCGCAAAUUGUCAGCGGUGGUCAGUUGGAGGUGAAUACGUGUGAUCGCAUCCAACGACAUGGCUAUCCAUGUGAGAAUCACACAGUAACCACGCCAGAUGGUUAUAUUUUGACCCUGUUUCGCCUGCCCCAUGGUUGUCUGGAGAUGUCAGACAAAGGAGAACCCAGGCCGGCAGUGCUAAUAAUGCAUUGUCUGCUGUGUUCUUCGGAUUUUUUCGUAUUGAAUGGACCCAAUGAUGGCUUACCCUUUAUGUUGGCCGAUGCUGGCUAUGAUGUUUGGUUGGGUAAUGCGAGAGGGAAUAUCUACUCCCAGAGGCAUGUCAAUCUCUCAUCCCUUUCUGAAGAAUUUUGGGAUUUUUCCCUUGAUCAAAUCGGUUUGAUUGAUGUGCCCACAAAAAUUGAUUACAUCCUGAAAACCACCUCUGAAUCUAAGUUACAUUACAUUGGAUUUUCCCAAGGGACCACGGUGUUUAUGAUGUUGCUCUCCAGCCAACCAAGUUAUGGUGAAAAAAUAAAGACUGCCCAUUUAUUGGGUCCCGGAGUUUACUUUUGUCAUCUUCGCUCACCUCCUGCGUUGUUGAUUCAGAAAUUCCUGGGCCGGCCCAGUGGACUGGCAAAUAUCAUUGGCACUCUGCCAAGUCAGGGAUUUACGGGGAUUUUAAGGCUCCUCGGCAGUAAUGUUUGUAAAUUCCCACUCUUUACGGAAUUGUGUAUUGAAAUAUUGAAUCUGUUUAGUGGCUGGGAUUCGCCGUAUUUGAAUCGGACCCUUUUGACGGACCUGCUAACUUCAACACCAGCCGAUGGCUCGAAUCAACAAAUCAACCAAUAUAUGCAGUUUAUUACAAAGUGUGAAUUUAAACGCUAUGAUUAUGGCGCGGAGGGUAACCUUCGGAAAUAUGGAGAUUCCAAGCCCCCCAUUUAUGAUUUGAAAAAUAUUCACUUAGGUGAACCCAUUGAAUUUUAUUUUGCCGUCAAUGAUUUUUUUGCAACCCCUGAGGAUAUUCACAGUUUGUUCGACGAAAUUGGGAUGCAAGGAAAUUGGAAUCGUGUGAAAUUAAAGAAAUAUAAUCACUUCGAUUUGGUGUUAUCGAUAAAUGUGAAGACCUGUAUAAACAAUUGUAUUGUAGAUAAAUUGCUGAAAUAUGAAGGUAGACCCUUUAAUGGGACUCUGUGUAAAUGUUUCCGAAAUAAAGCCUUUGAGGAAGGUUAACGAUUUUUGUAAAAU